GAACCAGCAAUCCAUUGACUAAAGAUAGUGUGGAGUGUUCGGCAAUUAAACCUCUGCACUGUGGGAAUGGCGUUCUGACUGAUCAUCCCCUCGCCAGGGCAGGCAUCUACCCGUAGGCUAAGCGCUCAUUCGAAUCGAUACCUCGUCUUCUCUGGACACCAUAUAUUGGCACGAAAGUCUACCAAAAUAAUUGACCAUAUCGUAUCCGCGUUACUCGUUGACUUGUACUGCACAUUAUUCUUGUGAUGGACGUACCAACGAUCGGUAUCGACAAUGAAAGGGGUUUCUAUGUCGGUAUAACCUUGGGUGCCAUCCUCUACGGCAUUGAGAUUGUACUAUUUUUCCAAUCCGUGUAUUACUUGGUCUACUCCGCUGCAGAAAAAUCCAAAAUUCUGUACAAUGCAUAUGGGACCGUGCUAUUCAUCCUGGCUACUAUUUCCGUCGUGACAAAUGGUUAUUUUGGGCAGCUGGUUUGGAUCGAGAAUGGAGACUUCCCGGGCGGCUCGGGGGCUUACUAUCUUGCGAAUCUUACCCUCUGGCUUAAUACCUUUGGUACAGUAGCAGAUGCGGUGGCUAAUAUUUUGGGAGAUGCUCUUCUUCUUUAUCGGUGCUAUGUCAUCUGUGGCGCCCGUAGGUCGCUCAUGUAUGCCCCAUCACUUAUCUGGAUAGCGUCCACAGCGAUGGCCAUAAUUACCAAUGUCAUAAGUGGACUGCCGGAUUCCAGUGUUUUCAAAGGCAAGGCGGCCAGUUGCGGUGUUUCCUGGGUGGUUCUUACCGUUAGUUUCAAUGUUGUGGUCACAACGAUGAUUUGUGCGCGCAUCUUCUCGCUCCAGCGUUCCGUCAGGAAAUAUAUGGAUGCGGAAACUGCAAAGAUGUACACCGGCAUCAUUGCGUUGCUGGUAGAAUCGGCUCUACCUUUCACAGUCCUCGGUAUAAUCUUCAUCGCAACUUAUGUUCGAGCGAGUCCCGCCGAGUGGACCAUGGCACCGACGUGGGGAUCAUUUGUGAUCAUAUCUCCUCAGCUUAUCAUCCUACGCGUGGCCAUGGGUAGAGCAUGGACAAAGACAACCAUGACUAACGUGACUCGGUCUUUGGAGUUUGCUCAUCGGACCGGUACAAGUACGGGUCUCGAGAGUACAUUCGUGGAAGGGAGCUCGACUGCAGCAAAUAGCACCUCUUUGGCCUUCGGGUCGGAGCAGGAAAGCGCUGUCGACCUGCAAUCGGAGAAAGUAGACGAACCCGAAGUCCACGUAACAUUUGUUACUUAGACCCAAGGUUCUCGGGCGGCGAACCGACUACGUACAGUACUCUAUUUAAAGAUUCAUACAUCAGUAUUCGAGCAGCUAUACUU